GAUGCUGGACUUCUCCACCGGCCCGCUCUUCGAUGAUGACCCAGCGGUCGCUUUCUGGGAUUUUUCUGCCGGACUAGAACCUCUGCUCUCCUCUACAGAGACUAGGACUGAGGUCUCCAGACGCCGUAUUCCUAAGAGCUAUAACGGUUGUAUAACUUGUCGACAGCGAAAGAUCAAGUGCGACGAGAGACGUCCGUUCUGUGGUAAUUGUGAGCGCACUCGGCAUUACCAAUGUCAAGGAUAUCUGCACGAUACCCACUCAGCCGCCUCACCGAGACACGGUCAGAAUGCUCCGCACAAGCGAGCGAAAACUGCCCACACAGCCGCUGUAAACUUGCAGGACUUCACCCGCAAAGGGGAACAGCGAAUUAGGCAUGCAACACACGUACCAAGCCCAGGGUCGCGGCUUGAUCAGGAGCAAUCGGAGAGUCGUGUACACAACGACGCAUCUCGCUCAAAACCGGCGGAGGCGGUACUCACGACGUCCAGCACUGUCCCGGACCAGCAUGGCGACAAUGCCGACCGCCUGCAAGCAUCCAACUCUACGGGCUACCUCGGUGAUCGACGCCUGGUCCCCGAUGACAGAGACACCGAUCUGCUGGCCUAUUUCCAGAACACGAUUUGCCCGAUCAUGCUCCCGUCGCUGGAUGCGGUCAGGAAUCCUUGGCUUCAAAUAUAUAUGCCCAUGGCAUUGCGCAGGGAGCAAACACGUGGACGGGCCGCGCUGCGACAUGCCUUGAUGUCGGUAGCGGCAUCUCAUCUGACCCAUCGUGAUGAACGAGAUCGCGCACGGUACCAGGAAAGAGCCAAGUUCCACCAAGACAAGGCCAUCAAGAUCCUCACUAGCAUGCUCUUGCAGGACAUGGCGCGUCUCAAGGAACUCGAGAAGUGUACAAUCCUGGCUGCAGCGUUGGCGUUGAUUACCACCCACAUCUGGGGCCGCGACGAACGGUCAGACUGCUACACGUUUCUCAACUUGGCGAAACGGCUUGCCCACGCCACCGGAGGCGAGUCGUUCUGGAAGUCGAGCGUGCUUUCUUGCAUCCUUUUGCAGCUUUUGCGGGCCUACGACCUUGUGGCGGCGACCGCGCAGCUCCAAGCAGAGACUGAUGCCAUAGAAGAAGAUUGGUUUGGCGCGGACAGUGCUGUCCUCUCGGCGUCUCCAACGAACAACAUUGACGAGGUCGAUCGUCCUGACGACGGUCCAAGUCUGAGCAGCGGCGAUGCAGGAUCUUGUGAUGGGCGUGAUGGAGGCCCCAGCCAGAACAUUCCCUACAUCCUGGAUACCUCGUUUGGGAUCUCUGCUCAGACGAUGACCCUGCUGCAUGAGCUGAUCCGACUUCGAUCCUCGUACGAAUCCAACAGUCAACCACCGAGCCUGGCCAACUCGGUGUUUCAAGCCACCGACGCCCUCGCCAAACGUCUCUACGCUGUUGACGUGGACGACGCUGCAUUCCGGGCCCAAACCUCCUUGAGUCCAAUCCUGACUCCGGGCGUCACCGAGUCGGCACUUUUUGACACGAGCAGCAUCAUGGGCGACGAUCAAGAGCGCCUUCCGCGGCCCGUGAUGGAGGAAGUGAUGGAAAACUACCAAUGGGCUUUCCACCAUGCUGUGGUCCUCUAUUUCCACCGGGUCGUGCCGCCGUCGUUGUUCUCGCUUGAUGCCAACGCCCACCGCAGAAUGGAGGGCGAUCAGCGGGCCGCCGGAUUGGCUUCCGCCGCAAGGGAGGAUUGCCAGGAGCUGGUCCGGAGACUGUUCGAUCGCCUGGAAAACAUCGACUGCCUGACCGCCGGGACGAAGGUGCGGCCCUCGAUCGCACUCUGGCCUGCCUUCAUUGCGGCUGCAGAGGCUGUCGACGUCGAUUCCCGACACAGAGCGCUCAUUUGGUUUGCAAAGGCCGCCAAGAGAGGGAUAGGGAAUAUCCCCCGCGCCAAAGACAUUGUCAUGGCGACCUGGAGGGCCACGGACCGACGGAUUUGGGGCCAGUCCACGCCGUUGAAAAGAGGUCUCAGUCCCGUAGACUGGAGAAUGGUCAUGAAAAAUAGCGGCACGGUCAUCAUGCUGGCGUAGAGGGCAACCCCGCAACGAUGUUUGAUGUGGCGAACGCUGUUUUCAAGUGCUCCACCAGCCCCUUGUCUAACAUAGAACUUUUAU